AUGCCGACAAGGAAUAUUUGCUUACUCGAAUUAAUAGGGAACUUCCCUAUUCUUCCCCUCCGCACCCGCACACGCGGACCAGCAUAUACACUACCUCUACUUCCCCCAGGAUCAUCCGACCUCGAUAUCGACCCUGACAGUGAAUCGUACGACUGUCUCGAUGAAGUCCUCUCGCUAUACCGUGCCAAUACAUUCUUCCGUAAUUUCGAAAUCAAAGGCCCCGCGGACCGCAUGAUGAUAUAUGGCAUAUUAUUUGUGAGCGAGUGUCUUGGUAAAGUUAAGCCGAACAUGUCUUCAAGGGAAGCAGAGAAGGCACUUAUCAACGCUUCCCUCGACCACUUUGCCAUACCUGGCGACGCCGCCUUUCCUCUUAACCAGGCGUUUGAGCCUCCAAAGGACCGCCAGGAUGCUGAGGCUUUAAGACAGUAUGUUGUGUUUCUGUCCGGUGCUGUCAAGUUUUGGUGA